AUGAAGUCUAUGGUCCUCCAGAGAAUGCUUGAUGUGUCAAAGAAAGCCAUCAGUAUAGCGAGCCAGGACGACUCCGGAGUGAGCAGCAAAGCAAUAUCCAACAGUCUCAUCACACCAGAAAAAAGGUUCAACUACCUGGAGCGUAAGGCCACGCAUGACAUCGGUAGACCCUCGUCCCAUACAGCGUUUGUGCAGCAAUUUGAGAAGAAUCUGUAUCAGUGGGUCUCAGAGAGUGAAAUCACUGAGGAUCAGAAUCCAAAUCUUGCAGAGGAUCUCUGGAGCUUUGAUGAAAGUAUACCAUUCCUCUUGAGCGGUUUCCCCAAGAUCUUCAACCGACAGGCUGUGAAAGUGCGUGCAAGAUGUGUCCAAGCUUUUAGGAAAUGGAGAUUAUUUGCUUUGGGUGGGCAGAAGCAGGCUUGCUUUUUGCCGGAGCGAAAUAAGAAAUCGGGAUUGAAGUGUAUGGGCUUGAGAAAUCAGGUCUUCAAACAAUUCGAGGAAUGGGAUGAUAAUUCUUGUGCUGCGUCGGACUUCACUGUGCUCUUCGGGCUAAACUCGAACAUCGUGAGAGUAACGUUCUGCUUUCUCCUCGAAACCAUGCAGUCAGAAGACCUAUCAGGUGGUGCUAAUAAAGAAGUAUCAAAGGCUAUCAACACGGCCAAACACUUAUCUUCGUUUGAUUCAAAGAAGAUAAUCAAUUCGCCCUUGCUACAGUCUAUCUAUGUAGAGACUCUGAGAAUGUAUGUUUCGGUGCUGAUGCUUCGAAAGACUCGGCAAGAAUCUAAACUUGAUACUUGGACCGUCCCUUCAAACAUUGUUGUUGCGGUCUGCAAUUAUACCGAAUACAUGAACGAAAAACUAUGGAAUCCAGAGGGUGCCAGAGAAUCCCAUCCUGCGAGCACGUUCUGGGGAAGACGAUUUCUAAAACAUCCAGAACUGAAAGGUCCGGGGAAAGACCAUCACGAAAAGGAAAAUAGCGAGAAGCGGAGCGAGACAAAUCAGUCAGAACCUGCUCCUGUGUUUUCAACACAAGGACUUAGUUGCCAAUGGUUUCCAUACGGGUCUGGGGAGCGGAUCUGUCCCGGCAGGCACUUUGCGAAACAUCAAAUACUUUUGACGUUUGCAGUGCUAUCUACCUCUUUUGAUAUCGAGUUACAGGUGGUUGAUGGAUGGAAACCAAAGUCUGAUUUGAAGCAUUUUGGUUACGGAGUCAUGCCACCAGAUUCGCAAACCCCAUUUAGAAUCCGAAGACGUCUCUGA